AUGUCGCAUAAAUCACCGCCCCUCUUCCUGCAAUUACCGCCUGAACUACGGUUCGAAGUCUACCGGCACUUGUUUGGCAUCGCCCCAGAUACUCGACUGCGCGUCGGCGAGGCAUGCCUGGACAGCGACUUGCCACACAGUACCGAGACCUCGAUCCGUCUGUCGAAGGCAUUCGAGGUCUACGUACACAUACCCUCGACUCCAAAUGCGAGCGACUACGCAGAAAUGGAUGUUAAACACUUCUCAGCAAAGGAGCAAUCCAAACAACGUAUAUACCGCGAACACCGCCAUCUAUUCCUCGCCAUUCUAGCGACUUGCAAGACAAUAUACGAGGAAGCAAUGCCGUUUUUCUACUCGUCAGCAUUCUUCGCAGUAUCAGGAAAUAUCGCAAAGGCUACCAACUGGUUAUAUGACAUCGGCUCCCGGAGAAGCAGGCAUAUCCGGAGACUCAGCUUUCACUUCCGCAGCAAAGCUUUGUCGGAAUGUUUCUCGAACCAGAAUAAUAUGCAAAUCCUCGCUGAGCAACUGGCAUAUAUGGAUCGGUUUGAUGUUGUGGAAUUGCUGAUCACAGACACACGGCUGGAGGAAGAGCUGUUGAGUUUUGCUGAAGCAGAGAGUCAGGGUAUCCGACAGUAUGCUGUGUCUCGAAGGCCGUGUGAGCCAUUGGUACUAUAUGGUAUCGAGCAAUUGGAGGCAGUGCCGAGGUUGGGGUGUGUGCGGAUUGUGGGCCGUCUUGAUAAGUUAUUGCUAUACGCAGAGGAUAAGGAAUAUUUACAGGCCAUUGCAGAAGGGAGGAAGCCGGCUGGGCUUGGAAAGGAAGAUUGUCAUCGACCAGCGGUAGAGCUUGUGCAGUUAUAG